AUGAAGGAAGACAAGGAGAACGCGCGGCCGAAGGAGAAGCGAGGGGUUCCCGUCACCCCGACCGGUGGGGUGGGAGCGGCGGCGGCGGACGCCAAGGCGGGAGGAGAACCGGACAGGCUGGAUCGGCCGAAGGACAAGAAAGAGAUCCUGAGCAAGGUAGUGAUUCGACGCCUGCCUCCCAGCUUGACCAAGGAACAGCUUGAAGAACAUCUCCAACCUUUGCCUGAACAUGACUAUUUUGAAUUCUUUGCUAAUGACUCCAGUUUGUACCCUCACAUGUUUUCCAGAGCAUACAUCAACUUUAAAAACCAAGAAGACAUUGUUCUGUUCAGGGAUCGCUUUGAUGGUUAUGUUUUUGUUGAUCACAAAGGUCUGGAAUAUCCUGCUGUAGUGGAAUUUGCACCGUUUCAAAAAGCUGCCAAAAAGAAGAAUAAGAAAAAGGAUGCCAAAGCUGGGACCAUUGAAGAUGAUCCAGAAUAUAAGAAGUUUUUGGAAAACUACAGUGCUGAUGAUGAAAAAUUAACAUCCACUCCUGAGACAUUGCUGGAGGAAAUAGAGGCAAGAAACAAAGAAUUAAUAGCAAAAAAAACAACUCCUCUGUUGAACUUCUUGAAGAAUAAACAGCGGCUUAGAGAAGAAAAACGAGAGGAGAGGAGGCGGAGAGAACUAGAGAGGAAAAGACAACGAGAAGAAGAAAGAAGAAAAUGGAAAGAGGAAGAAAGAAGGAAAAGGAAAGAAGCCGAAAAAACAAAGAAAGUGGAGCGAUGCCCAGAAAAAGAAAGGGACAAAUUAAAGGAUGAACCAAAGAUUAAGCUACUUAAGAAGCCAGAAAAAGAUGAAAGAGAGUUUGAAAAAAAAGAAAAGGCCAAGAAACCGGAGAAAGAGAGUCUGAGGGAGGAAAAGGCAGCAAGUGCGACCAGCAGUAUGCCAGCCAGGCGCUCCGAUGGGGAGGCUAAGGAGGAGAAGUACAAAAAAUUGGAAGAUGACUGUGGAAAAGACUAUAGAGAAAGAGAGAGAGAAUAUGACCGAGACAGAGAAUAUGAGAGAAUGCAAAGAGAAAGAGACAAACUCCGACGUCAAGAAGAAGAGAGAAGGAGGCAGAAAGAGCGCUUUGAGAAAGAGAAGGUUUUUAGAAGAAAGGAGGAAGAUGUGAAAAGGGAAAGAGACUCAUUGCGAGAGAAAGGGAAGAGAGCUGAAUUGGCAGAGUACGUGGGCAAUGCGGAGAAAUCCGAGAAAGUAACCAAAGAGGACAAAAAAGAAGAUAUGGCUAAGAGGGAUCGCAUUAGAAAUAAGGAUCGCCCGGCCAUGCAGCUCUACCAACCAGGAGCUCGGAAUCGAAGUCGUUUGUCAGGCUAUGACGAAAGCUCUGCAAAGUCGCCCGAUCAAGGAGUGGAUAAGAAGCAGGAGUGCGAGACCAGUAACACAAAAGAAGAGUGACAAGUGUUGUGCUUCCUCACUGACCUAGCAGCCAAAGAGCUUUAACUGUGUAGUCCAAAAGUGCCUUGUAGAAAAGAGGAGGAAAUAAAAGGGGGAACAGUACUUUUGGAUGUAUCUGGUUUCAGGUCCUCGUUGCAGAUUUGGGGACUCGGGCUUGGGCAUUCUCAGUACAUUUUCAGUUGUGGGAGGUGGUGGCAGCAAGACCACAAGGGGGAUAAAACUUCCAUCUCUGAGGAGCAGAAAGGCCUUGUCACCCUAAAAUAGGCCAAGUGGCUGCCCAGAAUGAGUACUGUCUUUCAGAUAAAAGCCACAAACCAGUAUUUGCACUUAACAUACAGCCAUGUUGGAGCCUCAUGUUUGUUCAAGUGUUAAAUGUCUUUUAUCACUGUGCUGUGUGGAGUGUGGUCUUCUGACCUGUUCCAUUCACUGGAGGUAGGGUGGGAAAGUCCAACAUAAUCUUGGUACUGAAAACAUCUUUUUGUCUGGUGUGCUGCUUGUAGCCGACUGCAAAAUGAAUUUUCAGAAGAAGGCGUGAAUGCUAAUAUUUUUCUUUGUUCUUUCACUUAAAAUUUGUAUUGCUUGAAGGGAAAUUAACUUCGACAUAGGAAAUGUGUUUUUUUUUUACACAUGUCUUUAAAGUCCAGAUAUAGAUGUACUGUAUAUUGAAGGUAGCUGCAUAGUCCUCAACAGUCCCUGCAUUCAACCUUCCCUUGUUUCCUGGUAUCUCAUAGGAAAAAUGACCCAUCUUAAUUGUGUAUUGUUUUUGCCGAAGCUGUAGAGCAUCUGGCAACCCAGGAAAGUUUUGCUAAGAGUUUUACCUCCUCUUUGUGGCAGUACUCUAUUUGAUACUUAAUAAAACUCUAUGAAGUAGCAUUUAAAAUCGCUUGUUACGUUUUUUUAUGGAGGGCACAAGGAGAAGGGGACAACAGAGGACAAGAUAGUUGGACAGUGUUAUCGAAGCCACCAACAUGAGUCUGACUAUACUGCGGGAGGCAGUGGAAGACAGGAGUGCCUGGCGUGCUCUGGUCCAUGGGGUCACGAAGAGUCGGACAUGACUAAACGACUAAACAACAAGAAGAAUUUUUUUAUGUAAUUAUUUGGCAUCUUUGUGUCCUUGAGGUUUAUCACGUCCAAGAUCAUAUGAGGGUGGACUUCAAUAAUCUUUCAAUAGAAAAUAUCAAAAAUAUAAAAAUGAAAAGAGAUCUUCCACCUGGCUGCUGCAGCCGGGUAUAGAGGGCUAUAUUCCCCCUUGAUCCUACCAUUUAUGAUCCUAUUAAUCAUCUGCCUAUCCAUCCAUCCAGCUGAUAGCAACUUUAAUUUUUAAAAGGCUGCAUGUCAGUUGUUUUUCAUUUAUGAAGAAUGGCUUCCUAUGAGGCAUCUCAAAGUGGUUUACAAUACAUAGGAAGAUACUAUCUGCAACUUGGACUUGAUUGCUUACUUGCCAAUUUUAAUUCAAUCUCGAACCUUUAUUGGCAUAUAGACGAAAUUCUGAAAGGUUCAGUACAAUCAUAUCACUCAGUAAAAUCUGCACCUAACAAUAAAAAUACUGUUGUAUAACAUUCAUGAAUCCUCAUUGCAUGUUGCAGGAACCUGCCUAUCUCCAUCUUAGCCCCACCCUGAGUAAACAUUAGGAAGGCUACCUUACACUCAUCUGACUGCCACUCCCUGCUAACAGCCAACUUGAUUAAUGAACUUGGAUCGAAUUGUCUAAACACAAGGGGCAAUGCAAAAGAACAUGCCCGACUGAUUCGGGCACAGUGUUUCUGUGAGUGGUAUUUGUUGAUUCAGGUUGGUUGGGUGGUGGAGAUAAGUUGCCAUUGGCUGUUCACAUUGCACACCUCCAGACUUGCACAGAUGCUAUUCCUGAUUUGUCUACCAAAUUCUUGAAAUUCCUUGUCUUAACAAUCUGCAUUU